AUGGCGCUCCCCGUCAUUGGAGAAGACGCCAAGAUGCAGAGUCAUCAACUCCCUGAUGCCUUGACAUCCCCAUGCGCGUCACUAGCCCGCGCACCGUCGCUCUCUCCGCGCUCCGUGUCGUCCACUUCGUCCGAGCUCUUGGCUCCCAAAAAGCCGCAGGGUUCCCAUAACUCGAGAACUACAAACCCAAAACUCCCGUGGAGAUAUCCCAUACAUCCGCAAUCCGAAGAUGAGGACUUGAUACCCAUUCGCCGCAGAUUUCACAGCUCAGACGUCGUAUUACGCAGCAAUCGAGCAGCUUUAGCCAAGCUCAAGAGUCUGUACGAACGCGAUAACGACUGGAGGAAAAAGGCCAAUGCGUUCAGUGACAAUAGCGACGAAGAGAACGAACCGGAGCCGCCUUUAGACUCGGCUGAACUCGCCAGAUUGGCAGUAAGAAGACGGACAUGUUCGGAGAAUUUUACGAAAAGCUCGAGAGCUCCAUCGUCAUAUUUCCAGAAUGAAAACGCUUCGUUUGUGGGCUACGACGAUGGAGAGCGUUCCAGAGAGAAGCUGACAGUGGAGGAGGAGGAACACAAGACCGACGAAGACGACGUCGAUGCUGUGGACCAUUUACUGGCAGAACUACAUGACGAAUUCGAAGCGGAAGCACAGCCGAAUGACGAUUUCUUUGAUGACUCGUGGUCAUCACAGGGGUUUCAGACUGGUCGCUUUAGUGGAGGGUCUAUAUUCUCGUCAGGAUCGAACUAUUCAGUGGAGAGUGACGGUCAGAAUCUGGAGAAACUGCGCAAUUUGCAAAAACUGUAUCAGGAAGGAUUCAUCACGGUGACAGAGUACAAAGAUCGUCGUGUACAGCUUGUGGAUGAAUUGAGUGAAGCCGAUCGCACUUUCGCCAAGACAUCAGACUUACUGUCGUUGGAGCUGCCCAUAAUCUACCGUGAACCGCCUGAUUUUUCCCUUUUACGUGCACGCGAUGCAAUCAAACACGUGUUCGACUCGGAACAUCGCAAGUGGACUUCGUCGCGGAUCAAAGUAAAGAUUGACACGGAGCCGUUUGCUAAGGGAGGACUCCGUCAGGUAUUUCACUUGCAAGAUCUCAGUAUCCCUCCUCCUACUCUAAGAACAGCUGCUGAUGACGAAGACAGCGUCAUGUCGAAGUGUACGAGCUACGUGGCGAAAGUCGCGAUUGACCCCAAUGAAGACCCCGAUACGUACUUUAAAGACGUGGAGAUGCAGGCAGUGGCUGCUAAGUACGCAAAGCUGUACAACACGUACAACCCUCCAAGACGCGUUGAGUUCCUCGAAGCGUGGAUUCUUCAACUGAUCCCAGCGGAUGUCAGUGACGCUGGCGAUCAAACGAUUGAGAGCUUAACGUUGAGUGGCACAAUUUGUGGCGUGGAGCCCUUCAUCGCUGGGGAAUACCACAAACACAAUAAUAAUUUCGGUUAUGUCAGCGAAUUAGAACGCAACACGCCUCAAGCUUUCUCGCACUUUACGUACGAAGCCUCAGGACAGCACAUCCUCGUGGUUGAUAUUCAAGGCGUUGGAGAUCACUACACAGACCCACAAAUCCACACAAGACGCGGCAAAGAAUUCGGCAAAGGCAAUUUGGCGGUACGAGGUUUUGAACGAUUUUUAGGCUCCCAUCGCUGCAACCCCAUUUGUCGAUAUCUGAAACUUCCUUUGAUCAAUCCGAAGGAUGAGGGGAGCAAACCAGUGGACCCCAAGGGCACGAUACCAGCGCAGACGUACAUGAGUCAGCCACGUGUUGUGGUGGAUCAAGUUGACUCGGUAUUGUGUCAUUACUAUGGCGACUCGAAGGUUUUCAAGAAAUAUCAUAAGAAAAAACGCGGCAAGAAAAAACGGGACAAACAGCACAAAAGUCACUGUCAGGAACAUAGGCGGAAGGUGCAACCGGAGAAUAUUGUCGAGAACCAACAAGCUGGCGAUAGAUUUGUCAAUGCUCUGGGCGACCAGCAGCGAUCGUGCUCCUCGUUCGUCUGCGAUGGACUCUCGCAGUGUAUCGUGUCUUAA